AUCGUCCUUGUUUGCUGCCCGGCCCCAACAACUCUCAUAUCUUGUGCAUAUAUAAAUUGCAGUAUGAAUUAGAACUAACCCCACACAGCACUGGACAGUGGUAACAACUUGUUCACUCUUUUUUUCUCAUCAUAAUAAUCAUAUAGCACUCUCCAUAAUCUCUCUGACGAAUCCAUCCCAACAAACAAACGCGGCAUUACAUCACCAUUAUUAAUACUAGCUAGUACUACUGCUAUGCAGUAUCAAAGUUAAAAGUACACAGAUUUUCUUCUAUAUCAGAAUUUGCAAAUACUAUUACUGAUCUUUCUGACAUCGUGCUUCCUACUUAUUCUUUUGCUCACUGCCUUUUCUGCCUUCGUUGCCGAAAAUAUGUUUGGUCUUUCAUUUCAAUCAACAAUAUUGAAUAUAUAAAUCUUUCUGAAAUUGUUCUUUCUCGCAUCAACUUAUUGUGCCUCGAUCUCGGUCCUGUUUAUCUUUUCUCCGUGUUGUACUCACAUAUAUAGAAGUGAUGUUUUUUUACUGAUUUUUCUGUAUUGUUUUGGUAUAUUCAUUGUUUUUUUUUUCAAUCACAAUAUCGAAUAUUAUCAAUCUUUCAGAUAUUGUGCUUUCUGCUUUACUCUUUUGCUCAAUUUAAUCUAUCUUGACUCUAUUUAUCCUUUCUCUGCGCUGAGAUCUGAAUAAAUUCACUAGUUUUUUCUGUUACGGUUUUCAAUCUCUUCAAUCGUGUUCCCAUACGCAGAAAAAAAGUUUCUGUAUUGUUCGUUUUCAAUUGACAAUAGUGACUGAAACGGAGAAUUAAGCGAAGAAUGGGAAAAGCUGGUAGAGAUUGGGGACAGAUCUAUUCAAUAUAUGGAAUAGAUGAUUGGCACACCCCAAUAUUCCUACUAAUUCAUGCCAUUUUCUUCUCUAUUUCAUCUGUGCUUUUUCUAGUUUACUUCGAACCAAUCUGCUACUUUUUCCAGUACUUUUUACCCGGACCUAGUUCAGCUCGCUUUACCGCUGGAUUCACCGGCUCAGUCACUGCAAUCUCUGCAGUUUGCCUUUUCUAUGCAGCUGGGAAUAUAUUUUACUCUUCCGUUUCACUUCACUGGGAAAUGGCACAGCGAAUGGUGAAUUCAGUUGGUGAUUGGUCUUGUGUUAAGCAUGCACUUGACUUAGGGUGCUGCGGUCGUGGGAUUCUACUCAAUACGGUUGCACUGCAGCUGAAGAAAUCCGGGUCGUCGGGUCGGGUCGUCGGGUUACACCCGACCCCGACCCGAUCACUCUCGACGCUGCGAACAGCGAGCGGUGAAGGUGUUCAGGAGUAUGUUACUUGUAGGUCCGGUGACCCGAGGAAACUUCCGUUCAAUGACAAUUACUUCGACGUGGUGGCGUCGGCGGCGUUUGUGCAUACUGUAGGGAAGGAGUUUGGGCAGAAGACGGCGGCGGCGGCGGCGGAGAGGAUGAGGGUAUUAGGGGAGGUGGUUAGGGUGUUGAAACCAGGGGGGGUGGGGGUAGUGUGGGAUCUGGUGCAUGUGCCUGAGUAUGUGAAAAGAUUGCAAGACAUGAAAAUGGAGGAAAUUCGGGUUUCGGAGCGGGUCACUGCUUUCAUGGUUAAUAGCCACGUGGUAUCGUUUCGUAAGCCAAGUCAGCAUUUUGUGGGACCCAAUGAAGUUAGACUCGACUGGAGACUCAACAACCUCUGUUGAUGAGUUACGUGGAAUCUUCACUUUCGAUUUCAUCAUAUUGUUGGAUACUUUAGAAAAUGAACGUACUUUUGGAGAAUCGAUACUUUUAGAUUGGAUUGAAGGCUCAACAAUCUCUCUUGAUAUGAUACAAUUCCAAGUUACGUCGGCUUUUCGCUUCUGAUGUCACGCUCAUGUUGAGAUAUCAGUACUCAGAUUGGAUUGUAGCCUAACAAUCUCUAAUCUUAAUAUGAGUACUAUAUUAAGUUACGUCACGUCGGCUCUUUACUUUUGAUGUCAUGCUCAUGUUAAAUUCUCUAAAAAUACAUUAUAUUUGGAGAAUCACAUGUCAAUUUUGAGGAGAUCGAGCAAGAUCGAUGCUAUGAUAGUCGAUAUGGUGAUAAUAGCAUAAGUUAUGGGUAUUGUUUUAUACAUUUUUACUUCCGUAGGGGCCUAUAUGGAAAUCUAGGGAAGCGAAGUGGACCUAGAUGGAAUAAAUGAUAGUAAUAUCUAUAUCUGGUAGAAUAGUUGAGAUUUGGAAAUGAAGAAAAUGACAUGUAUAGACUUAUUAUACAGAUUGUUAUUUUCCCCAUUUUGAUGAGGGAAUUUGAAUUUGCUUUUUCUUUAUAUGGUGAUAAGUAAUAUACUAUAUUGUAAUUUGUACAUAAGGUUUUUGAUAUAUGAAGCUAAUUAAUAUUGAUAGUGGAGCUAA